UCGUAUCUCUUUCGGGACCGGUCCUGCGAGCGCUAUUGUUUCUGUUCAAUGUCUUGCGCUCAUUUGUAGCCUCACGUCAUUCGUUCUGACUCAUCGAUACGGCUCAUUGCCGCGUUCAUGUGCCAGACAAGUGUGACAGUACCGAGCUUUCAAUGCUUUGUCCAUACCUUUUGGCAUCCGAUCAGAAGUAUAUACCUUCAUUAGCGCAUUUAUCCUGUCGUCUGAGCUGUAUCUGAGCAGCAAAGGGCACCCAGGGCUGAUACAGCUACCAAUGCUUCAUUUGAUACGACAUGGUCACCGAGUGUGAUUGUGAAACCUGCUCAUCGUGCGAACUGAUAUUUUGCAGGCGAAGAAGGGUAGUUUGCGAGACACAAGAUCCGAUCCCUCAAAGCGAAUACGACACUCGUCUUGAAGGCGAAAUGGAACAAGGGAUCUGGAAUGCACAGACUCAAAUAUCAGAUACUAGUCAGAUUAUAGUCGCGUUUUCCUCGAUCGAGAGUCUAUACAGCCCAUCCCUGACGCAUUCAGGUACUGAGGCUGGGUGGGGUGUUGACCAAGGUCUCUUCCGGCGAUAUAAUAAGGAUACAGAGCUCAUGGAAGGGGCGUUUCCUCUGCUUGUCGAGAACUGCGAUCACUUCCAGGGGAUGCAAAUAAUGCACGAUGCAUCCACCCUUGGGGGUUUCUCGCAUGCCUUCCUGACUUUUCCCCGACGAGUUUCUCAAGGCUUCUACUCUAAACUUUGGUUUCAUUUCUGGCGCAGACCCGAAUCAUACUGGCAUCGACAAUGCGAGUGAAUGUACUUUCACGUAGAUGACACAUGAACAUUUGAAAAUAGUUUCUCGGCACGAAGAGAAUAAU